AUGGGUAUUGGAAAGACGAAUGUUGCAAGAAAUGUGUAUGAAGAUCUAUCAGUUGCAUCCUAUUUCAAUGUAAGAGGUUGGGUUACUCUACCCCAUCCUCCACACUACAAUAAGAGCAGAAUGCUAAGCCAACUUCUUCAGUCAAUUACACCAGUAGAAGAGCCAAAUGUAAUUAAAAAGGGAAGCACUCCUCAUGAACUACAAAUGCAGGUACUCAAAUGCUUUCGUGAGCACUUGGCCCCUAAAUUUGAAAAAAUUAGGAACCAUGUUGUGGAGAAGUGUGAUGGAUUACCCCAACUAAUUAUUGAAGUUGCCAAGCGUUUAUCUAAAUGCGACAACAUACAACAAGGGUGGAAAAAGAUUGAAAAGGAAUUAGAGUCAUUGGGACUACUAGAUCGCAAUGUACUCAGGGUUAGUUACAAUAUGUUGCCACAUCAUUUGAAAGUUUGCUUUCUAUACUUUGGGGUCUUCCCAAAACGUAAAAGAAUUCUUGUUAAAAUGCUUAUAAGGUUGUGGAUUGCUGAGGGAUUUGUGAAGCCAUUGAAACAUACGGAGUUAGAAGAUCAAGCUUAUGUAUACUUACAAGAGCUUAUUGAUAGAAGUCUUCUCUUAAUUGAAGAUCGAAGUUGUAACGACAAAAUAAAAACUUGUAGAAUGCACAGUGCCUUACAUAGCUUCUGCGUAGGAGAAGCUCAAAAAGGAAGUAUUUUAUGUGCAGUAAAUACUCAGCAACAUUCAGAAUUGCCAUUGGACACAUUUGCAAAUUCAUGUCGUUGGCUAAGUUUUUACUCACACAGCUUUGACUAUUAUGUUCUCUUUAGAACAAAUAUCCCUCGCUCCAUUUUCUUCUUUCUUGAAAAUCCUGAAAUGUUUGUUCCUCCCAAGCUGUUAAGAGUUUUGGCUUUUGAUACUUCUAUAUCACUUCAAAGAGUGCCAGUUCAAUUAAUAGAGACACUUGUUGUUUCCGGUAAUGGAGCCCCAACAUUCCAUUUGCCAUCUAGUAUUUGGAAGCCACCAAACUUAAGGCAUCUCGAACUUGGCAAUUCAUAUAUGGUAGAUCCUCCAAGUGCAGAUAAAAAGAAUUUACAAACAUUAUCUUGGGUGGUGAGACCAAUUCAUUGCAGACAAAAUGUGUACAACAAGUUCCCUAACAUAAAAAAGCUUAAAAUAUUGCUAAAGGAUGACAUAGAGAACCCUAGUCACAUUGGAGGAUGUUGCAGCAAUCCUAUUAUUUUGGAUCAUUUUGACUAUUUGGAAGGGCUUGAGAAGCUUAGCAUUUCGGUUUCUAUUGGUUGCAAUGUAGCCCUUCCAGAAUAG